CAUGACGUUUCUUGGCAAAUAGCUGCGAAGUGGAAGCGAAGUGCCUUCCAUUUUGUCGACUACGCCCGCAAACGGCCGCACUAGCGUUGGCGCCUCGCUGGACACAUGUUUACGUCAAACGAUUCUGAAAGAUGGGAGGCUAAAGACUUUACUGCUGGGCGUACGCCAUAAUGCCACAUUUCGACUGCAGCUCCAUAUCGCUCUCCACGCACGGCCACGACGGCUUGGCUGCUGCAAGCACUCGCGCUGCCCGCAUCUUGCAAUGGGCAUGUCGUUGCAUUCUUAAGAACAUCUCCCCAGGGGUGCGGUCGCUUGGCAUGGGGAGAGGUACUUGUAGGGCAGGUGGAUGGGUGCGGGGCUCCCCACGAAGGGACCAAUCCUUCCGACAUUCAUCAUUCUGCCUGAAUACGCUCUUAUUCCCAUCAUGAUUAUUGUUUCUACACACUAACUAUACAUCAAAGUCGCCCCGUUGAUUAACUUCACGGCUUUGACGGCGUUGACCCACGGUUCGCACCGUGCACCUGUGGUCCCUGACACUUCACCAGGGUCCCCGUCUUCCGCUGGACGUUGUCAUUGCGAUAUGGAGGCAUCAGCGGCGGCAUGCGGUGGCAGGCUGCUAGGCAGCAGAGGCGGGGCGGCGCCGCAGACAGCAGCAGCAGGGCCGCGGCGCCCUGUCGCCGCCGCGGCGGCGGGCCCUGCGGCCGCGGCGGCGGCUGUCCCGACAUCCGUUUCGGCGCGGGGCGACUUGCGCGGCGGCUGUAGCAGCCGUGGCAUCAGUAGGCUUGUUAGCAGCAGCGGCCUAGGCAGCAGCAGUAGCAGCAGCAGCAGCAGCAGUGGAGUCUCUGGGGGCCGGCGGCUCGGUUCGCAGCGGCAGCAGUGGGGCCGUGACCCGCGGCGGGUGUGGGUUUCGGCGGCUGCCACGCCGCCGCCUGGGGGCAGCAGCAGCAGCACCGGCGGCAGCAGCAGCAGCAGCCCCUCAGACCCCUCCUCCUCCGCAGCCGACCACGUGGGCGGCAGCAGCAGCAGUAGUGGCAGUAGCCUCGGCGCCGCUGCCGGUUCCGGCAGCAGUGGCCCGCGCAGCAGUAACAGUAGCAGUAGCAGUAGCAGUAGCAGCAGCAGCAGCAGCAGUAGCAGCGGCAGCAGCCCGCCUCCGCACAGGGCGCUUGGCAGUAGCGGGUAUGGUCACUACCUCGGCAGUAGCAGUGUGUUGGCGAGCAUGGAGGGGACGGAGGCGGCGGCGCUCGUGGCUUUCCACAUCCCCCGUGGCCCGCUGCUGUGCCACGACAACUUCGGCGGCGGCUUUGUGGACGACGACGACCGCGUGGCGCUCAACACCCUCAGCCUGGCAGGACUGGACAGCACAGCCUACCCGCACACAGACCCCGGGGACGUCGUCCACUGCCCCGAGAUCCGCGACCUGCUGACACCCCGUGACAGCCCGCUGCUGUGCCACGACAACUUCGGCGGCGGCUUUGUGGACGACGACGACCGCGUGGCGCUCAACACCCUCAGCCUGGCAGGACUGGACAGCACAGGCGCCACAGACAUGUGUGUGGACCUGCCCGAGUCAGGCAUCCUCACAAGCACAGACGCCGAAGAGGCGGCGGGGGCGGCAGCAGCAGCAGCAGCAGCAGGCGGCAGCAGGGGCCAGAAGCAGCAGCAGCGGAGCGGCAGUAGCACCAGCGGCAGUAGCACCAGCGGCAGUGGCAUCAGUGGCAGUAGCAGCAGCGGCAGUAGCAGCAGCGGCAGUGGCGGCGCGCGGCACUGGUGGCGGGAUGACGUCACGCCGCCAUCUCCUCAGGCGGCGGCGGGGGCGGCUUACGGAUCGUACGGGUCGGGAUCCGACAUGACUGACCCGGCGGCGCCACCCAACGGUAUUACCCGAAUGCCCGCCCGACCGCCUGCAAACCCUCCGCAGCAGCCUCAGCCUGGAGGCGGCAGUAGCGGCAGUAGUAGCGGCAGUAGCAGCACGCCCUUCAAGGUAUACAGCCCCUCCACGCCCUCGCACGGACGCCAGCCGCCCUCACGCCCCGCCGCCGCCGCCGCCGCCGCCUCCCGCACCUACGCCGAGUUCCAGUCGGCGCCGCCACCGCCGCCCAUGCCCGAGGCCGGGGCGGCGGCGCUGCACAACGUGAGCACGCUGGGCGACCGGCUGUGUGUGGCUCUGCCGGCCUGGGCGGUGCGCGCCGGCCCCCGCGCCGCCAUCUGGUGGGACCCCGCCGCCGUGAACGCCGCGGUGAUCAACUGCGGCGGCAUUUGCCCGGGCGUGAACGACGUCAUACAGGGCAUUGUUCACCGCCUGACGGACUACGGCGUUCCCGAGGGCCAGAUUUUGGGCAUAUGCGACGGCUUUGCCGGCUUCGACCCGCGCCACCCCGCCAAGCCGCGUGUGCUUACGCGGGCGGCGGUGGAGGGGGCGCACCUGCGCGGGGGCAGCCUGCUGGGGACGAGCAGGGGCUGGGCUGACCUGGGAGUGGUCAUGUCCAAGCUGGAGAUGUGGGGGCUCAACAUGGUGUUCGUGGUGGGGGGGGACGGAGGGCUGAGGGCGGCGCAGCUGCUGUCGGAGCACUGCCGAGCUCGGCGCCUGCCCACGUGUGUGGUGGGCGUGCCCAAGUCCAUUGAGAACGACAUACUGCUGGUGAAGGAGGCGGAGGGGGGGCAGAAGAAGGGGGACACUGUGGACCGCACGUUUGGGUUUGACACGGCCGUGCAGGAGGUGCAGCGGCCCCUGCUGGCAGCCAAGGUCGAGGCGAGCAGCAUCCGCGGCGGUGUGGGUCUGGUCAAGGUGGUGGGGCGGCAGAGCGGAUUCCUGGCUAUGCAGGGCUCCAUCGCCAGCGGUGUGGUGGACGUGUGCCUCAUACCCGAGGUGUCCUUCACAAUGGACGGCCCACACGGCUUGUUGGCAUACCUGGCGGGGGUGCUGGCAGCCAAGGGUCACGCGGUGGUGUGUGUGGCUGAGGGUGCGGGCCAGGACCUCAUGACUCAGCAGCCUGUGACGCCCACACCCGCGGCGGCGGCGGCGGCCGCGGCUGGUGGCGGCGGGCUGGGCGGCGGCGGCGGUGUGGGCAAGGACCCCUCGGGCAACCCCGUCCUCCGGGACAUUGGCGUGUACCUACGCACACGCAUCAAGAUGCACUUCAGGGACGCAGUGGAGGUGAGCGGGAGGAGGAAGGGGAGGUGGAUGUUUGUGUGUGCGUCCGGCGCGGUGACGGCGCCGGUGGCGGCGUCGCGGGUGACGGCGGUGAUGACGGCGUUGCCCCACGACAUGAGCGUCACCUCCUCGCCCUCGCUGAUGGCGGCGGCGUCAGCCUGCUCCAGCCACAGCGUGCGGCCGCGCGUGACGGCCUUCUUGCCGGCGGGCGGGUACUUGAGGUGGCGCGGCACCGUGACCACCUCGGGCGGCGAGGGGCCGUCCUCCAGCGUCAGCAGCACCUUGCCCUCCACGUCCACGGCCGUGUGGCGAGGGCACACCGGGUCAAUCAGCUUCUUGUUGAUGGUCCAGAUCUUGUCCCACUCCUGCGGUGGCGGCGGGUGUGUGCGCAGGGGGCGCAGGAAGCGGGUUCAGUGAUUUGAAACACGUGGGAUUCUAUUAGGCCACGCCCAGACCUGCAAAGGGCACUAGGCAUAGAGUCUCUGGACGC